GUCCUAUAAUAUUACGGACGUGACGUAUUUCCCUGUACCUUCGCAUGCUUUGCUAAGCGUGAACUGAGGAUCGAAAUUGUUCGAAAUAAGGAUAAAGCACGAUGUUUAAACUUGAAGGUCUUGGUCCUAAAAUGGACCCCGAAGAGAUGAAAAGGAAAAUGAGAGAGGAUGUCAUUGCCUCCGUGAGGAACUUCUUACUUUAUGUCGCCCUUCUCAGAGUCACACCUUAUGUUUUGAAGAAACUGGACAGCAUUUGAGGCCCCACUUUUCUUCAUGUCUGGACACACCACAGGAACCAGUCGUGCAAUCGAACACCUGCAAUCAAGAGCCUGCACAAGCAGACAAGCCGAUGCCGUUGGAUCACAUGCAUCAAACCACCUGCUGUCCACACAAACUGUCGUCUAGAAUAUUUGUUCAACUUUUUUUUUUUUUUUUUUGCCUUUUUUACUUUAUAGAAGAAACUGAAUGUAAUUUUAUUUGUACAUAUUGUAAUGUCUCACAAUUGCCAUAAAAAUGUCAUGCCACAUCAAUGACCUACUAUUUCCUUAAACCAUAAAGGAAAAGAAUGUCAUUGCUGCUGUAAGAGAACAGAAGCUGCCCUGAUGACUGGUCAGGGGCAAUAAAAUUGUGAAACAUGA